AGAAGUUUUCUGAAUUUUCAAGUGAAUUUUUACACAGUGCCAAAAGAGAAAGAAGCAAAAAUGGUGGUGAACUUCAAGGUGUUCAAGAAAUCCUCCCCAAAUGGAAAGAUUACGCUGUACAUGGGGAAGCGCGACUUUGUGGAUCAUCUAUCGGCAGUUGAACCAAUUGAUGGUGUUAUGGUGCUGGAUGAUGAAUACGUGCGGGAGCAACGAAGAAUUUUCGGUCAAGUCGUUUGUUCUUUCCGCUAUGGUCGCGAAGAGGAUGAAGUGAUGGGCUUGAACUUCCAGAAGGAACUCUACUUGGCCUCAGAGAUGAUCUACCCACCCAAGGAGAAGUCCCAGCAAUCGCUGACUAAGCUGCAGGAACGUCUGCUGAAGAAACUCGGUCCUAAUGCUUUUCCAUUUACUUUUACAAUCCAACCUAGUGCUCCGGCUUCAAUAACUCUCCAACAGGGACCUGAUGAGGAAGGUGAUCCCUGUGGGGUGCAGUACUUUGUCAAGCUCUUCACGGGAGAAUCUGAAUCCGAUAGGUCGCAUCGACGAUCAACGGUUACACUGGGAAUCCGUAAAGUCCAGUACGCUCCAACGAAGCAAGGUGCUCAGCCUUGUACAGUUGUCCGGAAGGACUUUAUGUUGAGUCCUGGAGAACUGGAGUUGGAAGUUACUCUCGAUAAGCAGCUCUAUCAUCACGGUGAGAGGAUUGGCGUUAACAUCUGUAUCCGCAAUAAUUCCAACAAAGUCGUGAAGAAGAUUAAGGCCAUGGUACAGCAGGGAGUGGAUGUCGUUCUCUUCCAGAAUGGUCAGUACCGCAAUACUGUUGCAACCAUGGAGACAAGUGAAGGGUGCCCCAUACAGCCAGGAUCGAGCCUGCAGAAGGUCAUGUAUCUCAUGCCUGUAAUCAGCUCUAACAAAUUCCGUCGAGGUAUUGCUCUUGAGGGGCAAUUCAAGCGCGUCGAUGGUGCUCUAGCUUCAACGGUUUUACUUGCUAAUCCCGAACAAAGGGAUGCUUUUGGGAUUAUUGUGUCGUACGCCGUGAAAGUAAAGCUCUUCCUCGGAGCACUCGGUGGGGAAGUCUCUGCUGAACUUCCAUUCGUUCUCAUGAACCCCAAGCCCAAUCCCAAGGCUAGACUUAUGCAAGCCGAUAGUCAGGCUGAAGUUGAAAGCUUCCGUCAAGACACUGUGGACCGUGGAAUGUCCAUGGAUGAAUAUUGAUUCAGCUUUCCCAAAAUAAUGAUCUUAUAUACCUAUUUAUUAUUUUUUGUUGCAUGAUUGAGACUUAAAAUAAACUAUUUAUUGAAAUAAAAUAAUAAAAAUUUA